UUUCGUCUCUUCUUUAUUUCGGAGCUUCAGUGCUUUGACCUGACGCAAACAAGCACGAUCGGUUCGCGAAUUUCACGAGUAUCAGGGGUUACGAAUCGUAAAAAAUCCAAUCUCUAAUAAUUUUCACUAAUUAAGCAGACAAUUAAUAUCUCAAGAAAACAAAAUUAGCACAAAAUAUAAAAUUGGGGAAAUUGGGCAAAUUUAUGCUUUGACAACUGAAAAUUAUUUAGAAAAUUACGUUAUUUGUAAUUGACGGGGAUAUUUGAGGUUUUAAAAAAUUGUUGGAAAUAGCGAGUAAUCAGAGAUAUAAUUUUGAGUUGCGGGGGCGCAUACGAGGUCAAGGGCCACUCCACGUUCAAGUGGACCUCUCACAGCCACCGGCAUCGGGGGUGACGGUAAUAAAGAAGGAAAAUAGGAGUUCACGGCCUCUUCAAUAUGCAAUGCUUGUUGCUCUUGACACAAGUUUUCGGGCUGUACUUCAAUUCUGCGGAUGCCGGACCUGCGAAGGAGGUGAUUGUUGUUAAAAAAUGCGCUGUCAAUGGGACCACGUACUCUCACGGACAAACGGUAUCAUCCAGAGACCCAAACUGCCACUGUCUGUGUGUGGCUGGUGAUGUUUAUUGUUGGUGGGAAAACUACAAAGCGCGGAUGAUUUCGUCAGAUGGGUCGACGAUUGUACCCGGUGAAAUUGAGUUGAGUCAGCCGGUGUUUGUCGAUCGUGUUGGGGUCAAGGGGAACGCAAAUUCAAACGUCAAGGGAGUGGAUAGAAAUGAUACAUUCUCACGGCAUGUCAGUUGUUUCAUCAUGGGGAAAGAAUACCAAGUAGGAGAAGUUCUUCCCCAUUCAACCGGAAAUUGUGUGGAGUGCAGCUGCGGUAGAGAAGGUCGUGUUGAAUGUUCACCGCGUGAUUGUAUUGCCUUGAGACCACUAGACAUAUCAGUAGUUUCACCUAAUCUCGAUCAUGAUACCCCCGAGAAUCAAAUCGAGCUCUUCGGUAUAUCCCGUGAGCGGGGAAUUGAUGAGAAUUUUUAAUGGAUCGACCAAUUCUAGAGAAUAGAACCAAAAAACAAAUAACGGAGAAUCACCGUAUAUCCGACAGAAAACACGUGCCUUAGUUCUUUUAUUUUCAUUAGACAGACAGGUGUCGAGGGAGUCGACUGGGUCUCGAUUAGAUGUCCAUUGAUUUUUCAUCCCGUGUUCGGUUUUCGGUUUUCGGAGAGGGUGAGUUCUUUAUACAUUUAGAGGGACGAUAGAUUUUCGAUGGGUGUAGUUCAAAUUUAGUCUAUGAAAAUUCGGAAAAUUCAUUCUGAGUAGAUCGAAAUUAUUAAUUCCUUUAGUGUAAAAAUACGAUAGAACUAUUUGUUUCAAUUUUCUCGUUAUGAAAAAAUUUAAUUGUCAAGAGGGGGAGGGGCAAAAUGGACAUAUUCAGCUUUCUCUUCACUCUGAGUAGAAGUAAAAAAAAUCCAAAAAGUUAUGGAGAUGAGAAAGAAAUUGAUUUAUCCAUUUUACUCUAUUCGCCCCGAAAAAAAUAUUAAAGAAUUGACAUUGAAGAAUUUCUGUGGAAAAAAAUUGGAAGAAUAAUUUAAGUAGAAUAAAAUCGAUUGGUUCCUUUAAUAGAAUUCUGAUAAAACUCCAAUAAAAUUUGGGCGCCGAUAGAAUUUGUCAAAGAAAGUGCGGCUGCCUGUUGGGGUUACGAUUAUUUUUUGGUGCCAUUUUUUUUGCAAAAUAUCAUUCCGUAUGUAUUGUUGGAGGAGUAAAUCACGCACGUGCUGUACUUGCAAAGGGUUUCGGUCCAUCAGCCACAUUGAAAGCCGACAGAAAUGGAACAAGGGUGAUGAAUGGAAUAUGAACGAACGGAAAACAUUUAAUCUACGUGUAAACCGGAGUUUCGUUUUCCCAAAAUGUCUUCAAUUCAACUCAAAUCUAUUCUAGGCUAUCAGAGAAAACCAGGAAUUUUCGAUAUUUCGGUGAAUCGGAGGAGAGACUCUUUUUGAGAGUCGACAAGUGGAACAAAAAUACGUGUAAAUAAUACAAUCAAAAAUUCCCUGACCUUUCAAAAGUGACGAAGAAGAAAUUCAAGUAUUUCUCAAUUUAAUCUGAUCAGGGAAUAAUGACAGGCAGUAAUUUAUAGAGUGAGAGGGCAAUGAUUCAACGAAUUGUCAACAUAUCAUCGCCAUCGUAAUAUGCGUUGAAUGAAAUCCUAGGAAGUUUUACCUAAAUUUUAUUGGUUUCCAAUUAAUUCUGUUGAUGAUGACACGAAUGUAAAAUUCAGCCUCGAAAUAUUCGACCGAAAGUGAAAAGAAAAAUUUUCCAUUGUAGGAACUAAAAUGAUUGACACUGAAAACCAAAGAUCUACAAAUUUCUGAAUUUUCAGCAGAAAGUGGAGAUCAAUGGAACUUUUCUGGAACUCCCUAGGUUGUAACUAACAAGAAUUCAUAAAAAGUUCAGCGAAUUGGUUGUAAAAAUUCUAUUAUUUUGUAUUUGCAAUUUCGUUGACUUUUCGGCCUUUCCCAUAGAAUAUUUUCAAUUGAAGAUUUUUUAUCUACAAAACUUCCGAAAAAGUGAAAUAAAAUCAGUCAACACUGACACGAUUUUGCAUAGACAUUGAAUAAAAACUUAAUAAAAUUUUUAA